CGCCGCCUCUCUCCUCCACCAUUUCGACCAUUCCUCCAAAGAUCCCUCCUCAAAGUCCCAACGCAUCGGCCUCUCCUCCUAGCAAACCCACCUCUACACGACGUUGUCUCCGGGCCUUCACCACUAAAAUCCCUAAUUUUUCAAUGGAGGUCGAAGUGAAGCUCCGUUUACCGGACAACGCCGCCCACCAGAAGCUGCUCUCCGUCCUGGCCCCCUUCCACCGUCUCACCCACCGCCAACACAACACCUUCUUCGAUGGCGCCGCCGCCGAGCUCUCCUCCCGACGUGCCGUCCUCCGCCUCCGCUUCUACGACGACGACGCGAGGUGCGUCGUCUCUCUCAAAGCCAAGGCUGUGCUCGUCGACGGCGUGAGCCGCGUCGAGGAGGACGAGGAGGAGAUCGAUCCCCUUGUCGGCCGGGACUGCGUCGCGAACCCCUCGCGGCUCGGCUCAGUCGACUCGAGGAUUAUGGCUAGGGUUAAGAACGAGUUCGAGAUCGGUGAUGGAGGGUUUGUGUGUUUGGGUGGGUUCAAGAAUGUGAGGGCAUUGCAUGAUUGGAAUGGAUUGAAGUUGGAGGUGGACGAGACAAUGUAUGAUUUUGGUACUUGCUACGAGAUCGAAUGCGAAACUGCGGAGCCGGAGAAGGCGAAGAACUUGAUUGAGACGUUUCUCAAGGAGAACGGGAUUGCUUAUUCUUACUCGGAAGCUUCAAAGUUUGCAAUUUUCCGAUCCGGGAAGUUGCCAUAGUUUCCUGCUAAAAAUUAUAUAACAGCCAUUCAAGACUCUAGAGUGGAAGAGAGUCUUCUAUUAUCAAAGCACAGCUUGUUGCUUGACCCAGAUGCUCCCGUCCCAGGCAUGCAUCUACAGCUGAUUGCAACAUUGUGUGAUGUUUCUCUCCAUUGUGUGGGCUUGACAGGCCAAAUUUACUAUAUUUUCUUGCUACCAUUGCACAUCUAUUCUAUUUUUCUAUUAAUGAAGUGAAGAAUUGGAUAUCU